AUGGACGCCAAGCGUCCAGAGCCAAUCGGGCGAGACGGGGACCCGGACUCAGACGCAAUCUCGAGUCAAGAGACGACGAUGAAGCCGUCCUGUGACGAUGUUUCGACGCUAGUGGCCAGCGCUCCUAAGCCAAAGUUGGACCAUGCGGACUACACUAUAGGCUGGAUCUGUGCUAUAAGCACGGAGCAUGUUGCCGCGCUAGCAUUUCUCGAUGAAGAGCACGAACGGCCAGAGGAUCUGCCCAGCAAUAACGAUAACGAUUAUACCUUAGGCAGAAUUGGGAAACAUAACGUUGUUAUUGUUGUCCUGCCUGUCGGGGAGUACGGUAUGGCCGCUGCAGCAAGCGUCGCUAAAGACCUGUCACACAGCUUUCCUAAUGUCAGGAUCGGUCUGAUGGUCGGCAUUGGUGGCGGGGCGCCAAGUAGAAUGCAUGACAUACGUCUCGGCGACAUUGUGGUUAGCGCUCCUGGUGGUGGGCAUAGUGUCAUCCAUCCUCCAAACAAUGAAGCAAGCUGCGCGACGUACUGCGGUAACGAUCCAUCAAAAUUAAUAUCGCGACGCGAGCGGACUAAAUAUAACGAUAACCCGACCAUUCAUUAUGGCUUGAUUGCCUCAGCGAACCAGGUUAUAAAGGACGCUUCGAUUCGGGAUAAACUCAUCGCAGACAAAGAGGUUCUAUGUUUUGAAAUGGAAGCAGCUAGGCUGAUGAAUCAAUUUCUAUGUCUGGUGAUUCGUGGUAUAUGUGACUACUUAGAUUCCCACAAGAACAAGGAGUGGCAGGGCUAUGCAGCAAUAGCGGCGGCUGUAUACACGAGAGACCUCCUGUACAGAAUUCCCCCGACUAAGAUUGAGACCGCAAAAAAGAUCUGUGAUAUUCUAUCUAAGCAGCUAAAACUCCAACAGACACUGUUUCGGUCACUCGAAGCACGCCAGCUCGCCACGCAGGGGCAACUUAAGCUCCAGAAAGACGAAGCCCAGUGGAAACGGUUUGAUGAGCAAAAAAAGUGUCUUCAAUUAUUCCGUCUCACCAAGAGCGACAAGGACGCCACGUACGAGUGGUACAAGGAUCGCGUGGAAAAGCGAGUGGAAGGCACCUGCCAAUGGUUCCUCAAACAUGACCAUUUCCAGGAGUGGCUAAAAAAUGACUCAGGGCCACUGCUAGUCUCUGCGGAUCCUGGCUGUGGGAAGUCGGUGUUAGCCAGGUACUUGGUCGACCACGCACUGCCACGAUCGACGACGAUCUGCUACUUCUUUUUCAAAGAGCAAGACCAGAACACGGUCCGCCAAGCGCUUUGCGCACUAAUCCACCAGCUUUUCUCUCAACAGCCGUUCCUGAUUAACCAUGCCAUCCCUCAAUUCCGCAAAGAUGGGCAAGGGUUAGUCAACUCUACACAAUCGCUCUGGCGUGUCCUUGGAAAUGCAGUGAAAGAUCCCCAGGCUGGGCCUGUGAUCUUGGUUAUAGACGCCGUGGACGAAUGUGCCGAGCCAGAUUUUGAGAACCUGGUGCAGAAUUUGAAGAGCCAAUUUAGCAGCGACCCGAUGGGCUAUAGCCGUUUGAAGUGCCUUCUGACAAGCCGCCUAUAUGAGCAGAUAUUGUCUAAGUUCAACCAUCUGUUGCGUGUCUUUCCAAAUAUUCAUAUACCAGGAGAGAAAGAGUCGAAAAUUAUCAGUCAAGAAGUCAGUCGCGUCAUCAGAUACCGAGUCAACCAGCUGGCAGAGGAGAAAAAGCUCCCGAGCGAAGUCAAGUGUUGUCUGAUAACUCAAUUACUGACAAUUUCGCACCGCACCUAUCUCUGGGUAUACCUCGUGUUCGACAACUUGAAUGCAACAGGCUUCACAAAAACGGCAACAGGGGUUGAUUUAGCCAUUGGAACUUUACCGAAGACUGUCAACGAUGCUUAUGAACAAAUUCUGAGCAAGUCUAAGGAACCAUUGUUGGCUCGGAGGACCUUGAGUAUUAUCUUGGCAGCGAGCCGGCCACUAUCUCUUUCGGAAAUGAACAUUGCCGUAAACAUACAGCAAACACCUCAGCCUAUACCUCAACUUGAUCUAGAGGUAGAAAGAGACUUCGAGCAAAGUCUCAGACGUUGGUGCGGAUUAUUCGUCUCUAUCCAUCACGGCAAGAUUUAUUUUCUACAUCAAACUGCUCGCGAGUUUCUCCUUGCCGAUUUGGCAUCGCCCACAUCUGUUCCAUCAGGGCUACAGUGGCAUCACUCGAUCACUGCUCGCCAAGCACACACCGUCCUUACGGAGGCCUGCGUGCGCUAUCUGGACUUCUUUAACUCUGAUGUUAGGUAUCCACCAGAUGCGAAUGGGGAAGCCAGAAACUCCAUUGACUACCAGGCCUUCUUGGACUACUCGGCCAGAACUUGGGGUGCUCACUUUCGCGAGGCCGACAUCACUGGCGACGCUGCAAUUAUACCUUCCGCUCUGAAAAUUUGCGAUUCGGAUUCGAAGAGCUACUCAGCAUGGCUUAGAAUCUACUGGGAAACCACAUUUACCAGGAUUCCUGAUAAUUUUACAAAUCUUAUGCUAUCGUCUCAUUAUGGCCAUCGUGCCGUUGUGAAGCUGCUGCUCGAGAACGGAGCCGACAUCGAAGCCAGGGAUAGCGAUUAUGGUCAGACGCCGCUAUUAUGGGCUACCGAGAGCGGGCACGAAGCUGUGGUCAAGCUGCUGCUCGAGAAGGGAGCCGACUUCAAGGCCAAGGAUAGCAAGUAUGGUCGGACGCCGCUAUUGUGGGCCGCCGAGAGGGGGGAUGAAGCUGUGGUCAAACUGCUGCUCGAGAAGGGAGCCGACUUCAAGACCACGGAUAGCAAGUAUGGUCGGACGCCGCUAUUGUGGGCCGCCGAGAGGGGGGAUGAAGCUGUGGUCAAACUGCUGCUCGAGAAGGGAGCCGACUUCAAGACCACGGAUAGCAAGUAUGGUCGGAUGCCGCUACUGUGGGCCGCCGUAAUGGGCCACAAAGCCGUGGCCAAGCUGCUGCUCGAGAAGGGAGCCGACAUUGAGUCCACGAGUAGAAAUGGUCGGACGUCGCUGUCGUGGGCCGCCGAGAGGGGGCACGAAGCUGUGACCAAGCUGCUGCUCGAGAAGGGAGCCGACGUCGAGGCCAAUGAUAGCAAUGGUCAAACGCCGCUGUCGCUGGCUGCCGAGGAGGGAAUGGAAGCCGUGGUCAAACUGCUGCUCGAGAAGGGAGCCGACGUCGAGGCCAAGGGUAGCAAUGGGCAGACGCCACUCUCGUGGGCUGCCGAGUGUGGGGAGGAAGCCGUGGUCAAACUGCUGCUCGAGAGGGGCGCCGAUACCGAGGCCAAGGAUAGCGAGUAUGGUCGGACGCCGCUGUCGUGGGCUACCGAGGGCGGGAGCGCAGCCGUGGUCAAGCUGCUGCUCGAGAAGGGAGCCGACGUCGAGGCCAAGGAUAGUAAUGGUCAACCGCCGCUGUCGCUGGCUGCCGAGAGGGGGUACAAAGUUGUGGUCAAGCUACUGCAACGGAAAUCUCGAUAA